CGCACGUGGCGGCGCAGGAAUGCAGCGAGGGGAAGCGCCGCGGCUGGGGAUGGAAUCGCCUUCCAGGAGCAAAACAAGUGCUCAGAGCAGCGGCCUCCGGGAAGCCUUUGGUGUUCAGCCAUCACAGUCAGGGCAGCUUUGAAGGCUUAUGGUUUUCCUAACUGUUUUGGUUAAAAGAGGUGCCUUAAAUUAACCUUCAGGACACUCAGACUGAAGUGCAAGCAGAACCUGUAAAGGAAAAGAACUCUCUGUGAAAAUGGCGGAAGCUCAUCAGGCAGUAGCUUUUCAGUUUACAGUCACUCCCGAUGGGAUUGACCUGCGCAUGAGCCAUGAGGCACUCAAACAGAUUUACCUGUCGGGUGUCUAUUCAUGGAAGAGGAAGUUCAUCAGAUUCAAGAAUGGAAUUAUCACCGGUGUUUACCCUGCUAGCCCAUCUAGCUGGCUUAUUGUAGUUGUGGGUGUGAUGUCAACCAUGUAUGCUAAAAUUGAUCCUUCCUUAGGAAUAAUAGCCAAGAUCAACCGAACACUUGAUACAACUGGCUAUAUGUCAAACCAAACACAGAACAUUGUGAGUGGAGUACUUUUUGGCACAGGGCUUUGGGUUGCCCUUAUCGUCACAAUGCGCUACUCCCUGAAAAUGCUGCUCUCCUACCACGGUUGGAUGUUCUCUGAAUAUGGGAAAGUUACUGCUGGCACCAAGUUUUGGAUGACCCUUGUAAAACUUUUCUCAGGGCGUAAACCCAUGUUAUACAGCUUCCAAACAUCUUUACCACGAUUGCCAGUUCCAGCUGUUAAAGACACAGUUAAUAGGUAUCUAGAGUCAGUUCGACCACUUAUGGAUGAUGAAAAGUUCAAAAGAAUGGAGGGUCUUGCACAAGAUUUUGCUUUUAAUUUGGGACCAAGGCUUCAGUGGUAUUUGAAGCUAAAAUCCUGGUGGGCCACCAAUUAUGUUAGUGAUUGGUGGGAAGAAUAUAUCUACCUUAGAGGACGGGGACCAAUUAUGGUUAAUAGCAACUAUUUUGCAAUGGACUUCCUUUCUUUAUAUCCCACAACCCUGCAGGCAGCUAGAGCUGGUAAUGUUAUCCAUGCCAUCCUGCUCUAUCGGAAAAAACUAGACAGACAAGAAAUCAAGCCAAUUCUUUUGAUGGGAUCCACUGUUCCACUCUGCUCAGCUCAGUGGGAAAGGAUGUUUAAUACUUCCCGUAUCCCAGGAGAGGAAUCAGAUACCCUCCAGCAUGUGAAAGACAGCAAACACAUUGUUGUGUAUCACAAGGGCCGUUACUUCAAAGUGUGGCUGUACCAUGAUGGCAGAUUGCUGAGACCCCGAGAGAUUGAACAGCAAAUACAGAGAAUUCUUGAUGAUGAUUCAGAACCUCAGCCUGGUGAAGAGAAACUUGCGGCUCUUACUGCAGGAGAUAGAGUACCAUGGGCUAAGGCUCGACAGGCUUAUUUUAGCCGUGGAAAGAACAAACAGUCCUUAGAUGCUGUUGAGAAAGCAGCAUUUUUUGUGACAUUGGAUGACAUGGAGCAGGGGUACAGGAAAGAGGACCCAGUGAGGUCACUGGAUGCAUAUGCAAAAUCACUGAUCCAUGGCAAAUGUUAUGACAGGUGGUUUGAUAAGACAUUCACUCUUAUAGUAUUCAAAAAUGCCAAAAUGGGUCUGAAUGCAGAGCACUCCUGGGCAGAUGCUCCUAUUGUUGGACACCUGUGGGAGAAUGUGAUGGCAACUGAGUGUCUUGAACUGGGCUAUUCAGUAGAUGGGCAUUGCAAAGGAGAUACCAAUCCAAAUAUUCCCAUUCCUACCAAACUGCAAUGGGACAUUCCAGAAGAAUGCCAAGAAGUGAUUGAGAAGUCUCUGAGCACUGCUGUGGCUCUAGCAGAUGAUGUGGACUUCUGUUCAUUUUAUUUUGAUACUUUUGGGAAAGGACUAAUAAAGAAAGUGAAAACCAGCCCUGAUGCCUUUGUGCAGCUUGCCCUGCAGCUCGCUCACUAUCGGGAUAUGGGAAAGUUUUCUUUAACGUAUGAAGCGUCCAUGACGCGCCUGUUCCGAGAAGGCAGGACCGAAACGGUUCGUUCCUGCACGGUUGAGUCCUGUCGUUUUGUCCAAGCCAUGGAAGACCCAACUGAAAAUAGAGAAAACACGCUGAAGUUCUUCCGGCAGGCAGCUGACAAACAUCAGCUCUUGUAUCGCCUUGCCAUGACCGGGGCUGGCAUUGACCGCCACCUCUUCUGCCUUUACAUCGUGUCCAAGUACCUCGCUGUAGAUUCUCCUUUCCUCAAGGAAGUUUUGUCAGAACCUUGGAGGCUGUCAACAAGUCAGACACCCCAGCAGCACAUUGAUCUGAAGAAGAACCCGGAGAUGUUAUCCUCUGGUGGAGGGUUUGGACCGGUGGCUGAUGAUGGUUAUGGUGUUUCUUAUAUUAUAUUGGAUGAAAAUUCCAUCCACUUCCAUGUCUCCAGCAAAAUAUCUUGUUCUGAGACGGAUUCUCAUCGCUUUGGAAAGAACAUUGAGAAAGCAAUGGUUGACAUCAUGGCUUUAUUUAACCUUAGCAAAAACUGUACAAAGUGAUCUGCUUUCUUGAUGCCAAGCAAUCUCCUCUUGGUGGGAUGAGAACUCUUCUGCACAGUGAACAAGGCAAGGUUUGUUGAAGAGUAGCUGGAGAAGAAACUGAGUCAGCACCUUCUUGAUCACCUAUUAAAACCUUAGCAGUAUAUUAAAUGUGUCUUUUUUGUUGUGGUUUUUGGGAUUUUUUUUUUGUCAGUAGUAUGGAAGAACUUACUUUGAGAAAGGAUGACUUCUAAAAUCUUCUAUAUUUCUUGGGAGGAAGCAUAGUGCCAUUGCACGAGGUCAUGUAUUUUCUAACUUUCUGCAGUUUUCUCUUAAUUUGCAUACACUUUCUCUUUUUUUUUAACUUUAAAUUAGUUUAUUUGUUUCCAGAAUCAAAGGGAUAAAACACACCAAGUUAAAUACUAGAAAAUUUAGAUUUGCUAUGUAUUAAUAGCAGAAUGUUCUUCAAUGUAUCUGCUGCUUUAUGUAAAUGAGUGACAAAACUUGUGCCAUUUGCCUUCCUUGGUUUCUUUUUAGAGGUAAAUUCUGUAAAACAUACCAAAAAAUCCCUGCUGUAACCCACCUUAACACACCAAGUUGUAGAAAUGUUAUGG